CCAUGCUGUAUGCAGGAAAGCGUUUUGUGUGUUUAAACUUAGUCUAGCAAUGCCUAAACACAAGUACGGAUUGUUGCUAUCUCAGCUGUUAGAUUGUGUUUCCAAACCUUUAGAGGAAGAGCAAGUCUGGGCUUUGUGCUUUGGAAUAGGUCAAAGUUUAUUGAAUUACCCAGGGAAUACUGCCAGCGAUGCAAUCGCGUUGAGCUGUUGUGAAGUAACAUUUGCAGUCGAGACGAUUUACCUGCGACGAGAUGGGAAGAUUCUGUUCAUUCCUAGCAGUAAUUCACGUAAAAACCUCGCACAAGAAAGCUAUGAAAGUUUAACAAAGCAAAUGAAACAUCUAAGCAAAGUUUUAACCACUUGUUUAGAGAAUGGCGGGCCUAAAGAGUUUUUAAAACGUCAAGUUGGCAGUGAUCUAGAAUCAUUGAUGCGCGAUUUGGCCGGCUUUGGUAAAUAUACGCACAAUGGUCCACAAUGGGUGGAGAUGGUGGUUGAUUGUUGUAGAAGUCAUGCAUCAACUGUGGUGACACCCUCGGAGUAUUAUGCUGGCAUUUGUGAGCUGUUGGUGAAAGAAGCGAUGGAAAUGAAUAAUUUCUUAGUGGUGGUGAUGAACGAGAUAUCACAAUGUGAAUCCAGACAGGAUGCAUUUUCCACUUUCCAACUAUCUCAGGUUCGUAUUUAUUUCUUUUCACAAUCAUCUAAAUUUGACUUGAUUUACACUACGCAACCUUUGCCUAAAACUGUCGCACAACGUAGGCGAAUUGUGUACUUGAUUUACACAGUACAACUAAAGUUGUAAGCAGGUUGCAUGCGACAGUUUUAGGCAAAGGUUUGUAGCGUAAAUCGGCCUAAAACAACUUCAGUUGAUCUAACGAUGUCUUCCUUGUUUCAGGCUCGUCCAGUCGUCAGUAACUGGCUACAGUGUAUGUCAGAGAUUCGUGACGAUGCAAACCAGAAAUAUGAAAGUGAGGCUCUCCGUUCCCCAAUAAAACCCAUUGAAAGCUGUUAUGACCAGAGGAAUCCCUCACCGUUCCCUGCAAUCUACCGGAGUCCUCCAAGAUCCAAAAGUGUUCUUCCCAAAAUUGACGAGGAAGUGCAGAGUCCUGGCAACGAACUUCCCAAGCCAUCUCACCAUAGCACACCAACAGUUAUCUGUAAUAAAACCCGCAAGGUGUUACGCCCGCCGCAGCGUCUGGUUAACCAAGUUACCACCUGGAUUUUGGAAGGCGAACCUCAGGAUUCGUCAUGUACUUAUGACGUCUCAUGGUUGCCAGGGCAACGGCUAAGUCCUGUGACGUCAAGUUUGGGUUGGUUCCGUGAGGCAAAGCGCAUAAGACGUGUACUAACUGAAUUGCAAAUUGAUACAGCCAUGGAUGAUGCAAGUUUGUAUCAUGCCUUACGAAACGGUGACAUUUGUUUUUGCUGUCGAGAAAACAAGAUUUCAUUGUUCCACAGAUCAUAUGUAAAUUGCGAAGUUUGCGAGCGUAAAAUAUGCUCCUCGUGCAUCACGCGUGUAUCUGCAUGCGAAUUGGGAAUGAGUUCACAUGAUUCAACAUUAAGUUCACAUGAUUCUGGUGUGAGUUCACGUGACUUUGAAAGCUGUUCACGUGAUGAGAUUGAUGGCGGAAAUGGCAGCUUUUUUGGACAAAUUCGUAAAGUGUUCAAGCCCAAGGCUAACGGCGGUGAGAAAUAUUCUAACAUGUGCAAAGAUUGUAGGGACUGUAUCCAAAGGUACUUUUAGAAUGUACGCAUGUUCAAUAUAAAAAUUAUGUAUAGUCAGUAUAGAAAUAAUUACAUGACUGCAUUAAAUAGUAUAAAAUUGAUAAAAAAUAUUUGCAAUAACUGCCAGGAUUACUGUACUUUAUGACUUUAUUGAAGAGGUCGUAUGGGUGUGCGAUAUGUGUUGAAUAAUACUGAGAAAAAUAUUAAAAAAUGGAAUGGUAUACUCGUGACUUUUUUAUUGAUUUUGUUUUGAAACGGUGUGCACACAAUCCUUAUAGACAGUCGACAAAGGCUGAAAUGUACUGGUCGUUAAAAUGAAGAACUUUUUCUGCCCAGAGCUCGACUAAAAGCUCGCCAGAAAGGUUUAGAAAUGCCAAUUAUGGUGUCCCAAAGGGUUCAUUCUUGGGACUCAUUCCAGC